GCACGACAGGGGGCUCCGAGUCAUUUGGCUCGACAGCGGGCCCCGCGUCUCUGGCAAGGCAGUGGGCUCCGAGUCAACGGGUAGACCGCGGGCACUGGUCGACAUUGGAUCGCUGACCGACAGGGGGCACGGGGUCACCAGGCCAGGCCCUUUGGCUCACAGCGGGCACCGCGUCAUCCGGCAAGGCAGUGGGCUCCGGUCAACGAAAUGACCGCGGGCACUUCAACUUUGGGAUCGUCUGACUGGACAGGGCACGGGUCACCGGGCAUCAGGCCCUUUGGCUCGACAGGGGGCACCGCGUCAUCUGGAAAGGGCAGUGGCCCAAGUCAACUGGUAGCCGGGGGGCAC